GUCAACAGUGACCUAUGCACCGUGGCGUCGUGCUGUUGCGUUAGAAAAACCCUACACGUUUUCAAUUGGUGAAAAUAACCUCAUGCAGAAUGCUAUGUACGCGUAGGUACCGUAAUAAGAUCGGUCACGUGAGCUUACCCAAUGGUAAGUAUGGCCGGUCUGCGUUCUCUAGUUGCAGUCGUUAUUCUGUUGAGCUGUUUCGCAGCAAUUCGUUGCAGUGACAGUGUAGCUUGGGUGCAAUUUUUGGUCUCUGUUAACGACACUUGGUAUCCUGACGAGUACCACAAGCUCUGCAUUGCUACUGUGAAGACUCCACAGUUAAGACCAAACGAGAAACCCAACAUGACCAACUCAAUUCAAGUAGGAGCUUGUGAUCACGGUCCUCUCGUCUUUUCCGUACAAGGUACCCAGCUGGACAUCACGUUUCAUUCUUCAGUGAUUGAGGACGCGUCUCCGCCAUCCUGCUCCAUUAAUUGGAAUCUUCAAUACAACAAUCCUACAAACUAUGGCACCCGGUAUUCACCGCUACCAGGAUGUGCGACCGCUGAGUCUCGAGAAGGCUAUCACAUGACAUACUACUGGUUCUACAUUCUAGAUUGGCUCAUUGCGUAGAAAUGACAACAUGAUUGCUAUGAACCAAUUGGACACGACAAUUAAUUGUCUGAGAACCAUUUUUAUUACAAAUAGUCUUUCACUGUUUCGAUGUCGCGUUGAAGAUCAUCUUUGUUCCAUGAUGGCAG